AUGCGUUGUAAUCCUUCUUUCUAUGCCAUCUUGCUUGGCCUGGCGGCUACUACCCAAGGCAGUAGUGAUCUCGCCAGCAACCUGAAGCGUGAGGCUACAGUUACUUCGAGCUUCAACCCCAAGAACGCGACGCUGGCUGAGUUCAACGCGCAUGCUCGCGAGGUAGCCCUUUCGCGAAUUGGAAAUUCAACUGUCUGUAACAAGGACAACGUGAGGGUUCGAAAGCUGUUCGAGAACCUCACCAGGAAUGAGAGGAUCUCUUACACAGAUUCCCUGAAGUGCCUCAUGGACUUGCCAGCCAAGACGCCGUCGGACCUUGCCCCUGGCGCCAAGUCGAGAUACGAUGACUGGGUCGUGACCCACAUCAACCAGACUCUGACCAUCCACUUGAAUGCCAACUUCCUUGGGUGGCAUCGAUGGUACAUCUGGGAGAUGGAGCGGGCCCUUCGUAGCGAUUGCGGUUACAAAGGCCCCUUUCCUUACUGGGACUGGACAAAAACGGAAAAGGAGACCUUUGAAAAGUCAGAGGUUUUUGACGGGUCCGCAACCUCGCUGUCAGGAAACGGCGCGCCACUGAACUACACAGACUCUGACGUGAUUGUUAUCAACUCUCAAUAUCCCAACAUGGAAGUUGUUUUCCCUCACGGUACCGGCGGAGGUUGUGUUACCAACGGGCCCUUCGCCAACAUCACCGUCAACCUCGGGCCUGUAGGGCUUGCUCUUGUAGGCAACAAGACCGAUACGUCUGGCGCGGGAUACAAGUACAACCCCCGCUGCCUCAAACGCGACUUGACCGACGAGAUUUUGCAUCGAUACGUUAAUGAGACGAGUGUCCUCACGCUCCUCCGCGACAGCAGCGACAUCUGGUGGUUCCAGACGAUAAUGUCGGGUGCGUGGGGUUCUCGCGACAUCGGAAUCCACCCCGGUGCCCACAACUCACUUGGCGGUGAUCCCGGUCGGGAUUUCUGGGUCAGUCCCGGAGAGCCAGCGUUCUGGGCUCACCAUGCGAAUAUAGAUCGGGUCUGGUGGAUGUGGCAGAUGCUGGACCCGGAGGUGCGAGCUGCAAACGUGUCGACCGCAGUGAAUGGGCCGAUCACGAUGUAUGACCUCUACGAGCCGCAUAAGAACGCAACCAUCUUUGACCUUCAGAAUCUAGGCUGGGUCGCUGAAGCACAGGAAGUGGCGCUGGAUAAGCCUAUCGGCCUAUCUAAACCAGGUUGUUGGGCUCAAAAGAAUUACAAACUUCCCACAUGGCUCUGCGAGUACUAUUUAGGGUUGAGGCCUGUGACUGAGGGGUUAAUAUUUAACCAUGUGGAUCAUCAAUUCUGCUUAUCCGGUGCCCAAAUCAGUCCCCGCGGACCAAAAACAUGUCGCGAUGGACAUCAACCUUGCAAAUACUACGUCUCGGCGAAGAAGCUCGCCAUACUUGCAGAUCAAUGCGAGCUUCCGAAAAUUAUCAUAUGCAUAUGUGAAAGUAUAAGACUAUGCUCGCGGUCACAUCCGAUUUCUCCCCGCCGCUGCUCCCAAUUGACAUACUGCCCCUAUCAGUCGAAAAUGGGCGUUAUCGCAACCUUGAAAAACAACAAGGUCGGGGCAGUGGUGGUGUCCGUCUUUGACUGGUACCCGUCGGAGUAUCCCAAAGAAGAAAGGAAACUUCUUCGCAAGCUUGAUCUCGCCAUCCUGUCUUCUGCCGCGUCAGUCUCGUUUAUUACCCGUCAAUAUACGGGGUCUUAUACUGACAGUGUGUUCAAGUUCCUCGGACAACAAAACAUCACCAACGCAUAUGUCUCUGGCAUGAGAGAAGACCUAAACGCAUUUGGAAACGAGUUGAACUACUAUGUCGUUGCUUAUAACACGGCGUACGUCUUGGGUCAGAUCCCAUUAAUGACGCUCCAGACAAAAGGCAAACUGGGAGAAGCUGACCAUGACAGGGCACCAUUCUUGCUUCCCUCACUCCAAAUACUUUGGGCCGUUAUCGCCUUUUGUCAGUCUGAGAUCCAACAUAGCUGGCAACUUUAUAUCUUGAGGGCCCUGACUGGGUUCCUCGAGGCAAGUUCGUUUGGCGGCACUCACCUCAUCCUUGGCUCGUGGUUCAAGAACGAAGAACUCUUCAAACGAGCGGGCGUAUGGUUCAUGGGCAAUUCACUCGGCUCCAUGUUCUCUGGAUACCUCCAAGCUGCUGCAUACCGAAACCUCAAUGGCGUCUUUGGGCGUGCUGGUUGGCGAUGGCUGUUUAUUGUGCAAGGCAUCAUCACGCUACCUCUGGCGUUUUUGGGAUUCGUAGUUUGGCCAGGAUUACCUACAUCGCCCAGAAGGUGGUACAUGACUGAAGAAGAGCAUGCUCUUGCUCUGAAGCGCAUACCGACCGUUGAGAAGGAGGGGAUCACAUGGAAGACGUUUAAGUACACCUUGAGCCGUCCCAUGUGGUGGAUUUGCGUCUCGUGCUACAUCUUCUUAUGCCAGGCGCAUUAUUGGACUGGUUACAUGGCCCUCUGGCUCCGUCACGCUGGCUACUCAAUCGAACUCGUCAAUAUCCUCCCAACGUUUAUCGACCUACUCCGCGCCAUCUCUUCCUGGCUUGGCACAACAUUGGCAGGCUGCCUCAGCCUUCGAGGACUAUGGACUUUCCAAGCAUCAUUCGUAUUCUUCGCCUGCAUUGUGCUAUCUAUAUGGACCGUGCCUGAUGGCCUGAAGUUCGUUGCCUUUUACUUCGGUGGCUUUUCUGGCAUGGCUUCGCCGAUUCUGUACUCGUGGGUCAACUCCACGCUGAAGGAAAACUACGGUGAACGGGGUCUCAUCAUCUCGUCUAUGAUGACACUGGGCUUUUGCAAUCAGAUUUGGAUCCCGCUCUUCACAUUUCCGACAGUUGAGGCACCAAGGUUUCCAAAUGGGUACCCAGCGGCGACGGUGUUUGAGUUUACCAUGUGGGCGAUCCUGAUGGGAGGAGUUUGGUAUAUGAAAAGGUGGAAGACCAAGCAUCCGGACCUCGAGAUGCGUCUGGCUGAACCCGAGAGCCUUGGCACAGCAAGUGGAUCAGAGUCAGGGGAUACAGGCAUGACUGACGCAAAGCGUACAAGGAAACACGUCGGAAGUCUAUAG